AUGACUAUGGAUGGACGAAACAGAGAAGAAGAACAAUAUCUUGAUUUGUGCAAAAGAAUCAUCAAUGAGGGCGAGUUUAGACCAGACAGAACAGGCACUGGUACAUUGAGUCUCUUUGCACCACCCCAGUUGCGGUUUAGUUUAAAUGACGAUAAUUUUCCACUACUCACAACAAAGAAGGUUUUCACCAGGGGAAUCAUACUUGAACUAUUAUGGUUUUUAGCUGGUGAUACAGAUGCUAACCUUUUGUCUGAGCAAGGCGUUAAGAUUUGGGACGGUAAUGGAUCCCGUGAGUAUUUAGACAAGAUGGGAUUUACAGAUAGAAAAGUGGGGGACUUAGGGCCCGUUUAUGGAUUCCAAUGGAGGCAUUUUGGUGCUAAAUACAAGUCAUGUGACGACGACUACACUGGCCAGGGUAUUGAUCAAUUGAAGCAGGUCAUUCAUAAACUAAAGACAAAUCCUUACGAUAGAAGAAUUAUUAUGAGUGCCUGGAACCCAGCUGAUUUUGACAAGAUGGCAUUGCCCCCAUGUCAUAUUUUCUCACAGUUUUAUGUCAGUUUCCCCACAGAGGGAGAAAAAUCUGGUAGGCCCCACCUCUCAUGCUUGUUGUACCAACGUUCUUGUGAUAUGGGGUUGGGCGUACCAUUCAAUAUUGCUUCAUAUGCCCUAUUGACCAGAAUGAUUGCCAAAGUUGUCGAUAUGGAGCCAGGAGAGUUCAUUCAUACUCUGGGGGAUGCACAUGUUUAUAAAGACCAUAUUGAAGCUUUAAAAGUACAAAUCGCAAGAGACCCAAGACCAUUUCCGAAACUAAAGAUUAGAAGGGACAUUAAAGACAUUGAUGAUUUCAAAUUGGAAGACUUCGAAAUUGAAGGUUAUGACCCUCAUCCAAGAAUUCAAAUGAAAAUGAGCGUAUAA